UAGUCUAUCGCCACGUGUGACACACUGCACUUUUUCUCUCCUUCCGCGUCUCUUCCAUGUAACUAGGAAGGUAGUUAACACUUGCAUCAAUUCAAAACAAAACAAAAAAAACAAAACAAAACAGAAACAAAACCUUAGUUUAUUCAGAAAAAUUAUCGAUGGCAGACAUUGGCGGCAUACAUGUCAGGAGGGAACCACUUCUGGUGUCGCCGGAGGAAGAGGCUGCAAAUUCUUCAUGGAGACUCAACGUGAAGGAGUUUCAUCUUCCAAGCCGAAGUAAUGAAAAUCAACAUAAUCGUUUCUUCAAUUUCCAUCGCCUUCUCCGCAAGCCCAGGAAGCAGCGCAAGGUGGCAGAAUAUUACAAGAAACAGGAGAGACUCCUUGAAGGAUUUAAUGAGAUGGAGGCUAUGACUGAAACGGGUUUUUUCCCAGGAAGUCUCACUGAGGAUGAAAUGAAGCAACUAGCAAAGAGUGAGAGGAUGGCAGUUUAUGUGUCAAAUGCAUGUAACUUGGUGCUAUUUGCUGCAAAGGUUUUUGCGUCAAUUGAGAGCAGAUCAUUAGCAGUCAUUGCCUCAACUAUGGAUUCUCUCUUGGAUCUAUUAUCAGGGUUCAUAUUGUGGUUUACUGCUCAUGCCAUGAGAAAACCAAACCAAUAUCACUAUCCAAUUGGAAAGAAGCGCAUGCAACCAGUGGGUAUCAUUGUUUUUGCGUCUGUGAUGGCUACCUUGGGGUUGCAGAUUUUGAUUGAGUCUGGUCGGCAACUUGUUUAUAAGUCUAAGCCUGAAAUGGAUCCAGUAAAGGUGAAUUGGAUGAUUGGUAUUAUGGUGUUUGUGACUGUAGUGAAGUUCAUUCUUAUGGUCUACUGUCGAAGAUUUAAAAACGAAAUUGUCAGAGCUUAUGCACAAGAUCAUUUUUUUGAUGUCGUCACUAAUUCAGUUGGAUUAGCUGCUGCUGUUCUAGCUGUCAAGUUCUUCUGGUGGCUUGAUCCAACAGGAGCUAUUAUUAUAGCAUUGUAUACAAUUAACACAUGGGCGAAGACUGUUAUUGAGAAUGUUUGGUCACUCAUUGGAAGGACAGCACCACCUGAUUUUCUGGCAAAGUUAACUUACCUUAUCUGGAAUCACCAUGAACAGAUUAAGCACAUAGAUACUGUUAGAGCAUACACCUUUGGUGCAUGUUACUUUGUGGAAGUUGAUAUUGUCUUACCUGAAGACAUGCUUCUCAACCAAGCACACAAUAUUGGUGAGACACUCCAAGAGAAGCUGGAGCAACUUCCAGAAGUUGAGAGGGCUUUUGUGCACAUAGAUUUUGAGUUCACUCACAGACCUGAGCAUAAGACCAUGGUAUGAUGAUGCCUUAGGACAAUGGUGGUUUGUUUUGCAGCAAAAGGGACUGCUGUUUAACCAUGCUGAUUCUCUUGCUUAUUUUAUCUAAGCAAAAUAACACAAAUUUGCUUUCUGAUGUUUAAACUUAUGAUAUCUCGGAUUAUAUGUUCUAUGUUAUAUUUCCUUAUUUAGUUGACUUAAAACAAUUGCUA